GCUUCUCUGACAAUCCACCAAGAGCUUUGAUAUCCACUUCUUCGACUCAUUUCGAUCUUCAAGCCAUUCUUAUCCAAAAUGCAGACCAAGGCAUUCCUCUCUUCCUUGUUGGUGGCUCUCCUCACUGCCGGUGUUACCGCUACUCCGACUGGUGUUGAGGCCAGAGAUAUCAAGUCCGAGCACGGUUGGGACGGCACGAUCAGUGAAUUCUCAAAGUUCGCCAGCUCGGUCGGAGAAACGAAGCCCCGCCCCAAGGGCACCGUCAUCACUCCCAAAGAAAACGACGUUCCCGUUGCUGCUACCGGGAUGGACGCCAGAGAUCUGGAGAGUCUUGAAAAGAGAACCCCUGGAUGCGUCUAUGUGACCAAGGAUAGCAACUUCAAUGGAGCAAGUGGAUACCUCUGCAUUGCCACAAACGGCGGCUGCACCGGCUGGAACAACGACUGGAGAUACAGCAUCAGCUCUUUCGGCCCCGACCCAGGUACCACCUGCCAAAUCUUCACCGACCCCAACUGCAGCGGUACCGCCUCUGUAGCUUUUGGAUACCCCGGAUACGGAAACCUUGGAACCUGGAACGACAACAUGGCGUCUUUCCGCUGCUGGUGGUAGUGUACGAAUGCAGUUUUCGGGGACCGAUCGAGAAGGCAUAUGCUAGCAUUUGCGCACAUGCUGGCAGGAUAUCUUCGACGUUAGUGUUCACGUGGACAUUUUUUGGUUUCUCUAGUUGGAGGCGAGGGGUUCCUGUGUCUUAGGUAGUUGUUUUCAUUGCUCUAAAAAUUGAUUUGGUUUGGCCACCAUUCUUAAA